AACAAACAACACACGGUCGACAAAAAGUAGCCUAUCUGGGGAAUUGGCUGCUCUCGUAACUUACUUGUCCCCUAUUUCUUCUACGGCCUCGCUGGUUGCAGGUUGUUCUUUCAUAUAUCUUUCUCUCGCUGAAAUUUUCGCCCUUCCCGUCACUCCUUAGCCUCCUUUUCUUAUUCGCCUCCCUUGACCUGCGCGUGCGAAGCGUUUCCCCCUCAUAAUGGACGAUUCGAUCAUGGACGACUCCGUCUUCGACGACGAAGGAAGCUCCGACUUCGUUCCCGAGCCCGCUCCGAAGCCCAAGGCCAAGGCAGCCCCCAAGAAGGCAGCUUCUAAGGCUGCGCCUAAGAAGCUCACCCAGACCACUUUCACUACGAAGACCACAUCCAAGGCAGCUUCGAAAAAACGUGCCAAGCCGGAUAGCGAUGACGACGACAACAUGGACGACGAUGACGAUCACAUGUCCGACGACUCUGUUCUGUCGCACACCCCUCCCAAGAAAGCGAAGAAGACUGCUGGCCCCUCCAAGAAGGGUGGCGCUAAGCCUCUCGCCGAUGUCGAAAAUGAAUCAUUUGGAAAAGAUGACUCUGUAGAGCCCGGAAAGUCCACCAAUGCAUCAGAGAAGUACCAGAAGCUUACACAACUCGAACACAUCAUUAAACGUCCGGAUACAUAUAUUGGUUCCGUCGAACGCACGACGCAGCAAAUGUGGGUAUACAGUUCAGAGUCGGAGGGAAUGGAGUACCGCGAGGUCUCCUAUGUGCCCGGUCUCUACAAGAUCUUCGAUGAGAUUGUCGUCAACGCAGCCGAUAAUAAGCAGAAUGACGAGAAUAUGAGCGAGAUCCGCGUGACGGUCGACCGUGAGUCGGGCGUGAUCAGUGUCUGGAACAAUGGCCGCGGUAUUCCCAUCGAAAUGCAUGCGAAGGAAAAGAUUUACGUCCCCGAACUGAUCUUUGGUCAUCUCCUCACCUCCUCCAACUACGACGACACGCAGCAGAAGGUGACCGGUGGUCGUAACGGUUUCGGUGCCAAGCUCUGUAACGUUUUCUCCACUGAGUUUUCCAUCGAAACUCAGGACUCGUCUCAGAAGAAGAAGUACAGGCAGACAUGGACGGACAACAUGACCAAGAUUGGCAAGGCAAAGAUCACUGAGGCCAAGGGUGAAGACUACACCAAGGUCACGUUCAAGCCGGACUACGCCAAAUUUAGCAUGGACGGCAUGGAUGACGACUUCGAGGCUCUCGUCAAGCGUCGUGUGUAUGACCUGGCAGGAACCGCAAAGGUGAAUGUCAAGUUGAACGGCUCUCGCAUCCCUAUCCGUGGCUUCAAGAAGUACAUGGAGAUGUACACCAAGGCUAUCCGUAAGGAACGUGGAGAUACUGGUCCCGCCCCGAAGGACGAGAUCAUCACCUGCAGCCCAGACCCUCGCUGGGAGGUCGGUUUCGCCGUUUCCGAUGGCGCUUUCCAGCAGGUAUCCUUCGUGAACUCCAUUGCAACCACCUCUGGAGGUACCCACGUCAACUACAUUGCCGACCAGAUCUGUAACAGAUUGGCCGAGCAAGUGAAAAAGAAGAACAAAAACGGAGCCACUUUGAAAACAGCCCAGAUCCGAAACCACAUCUUCAUCUUCGUCAAUGCACUGAUUGUUAACCCGGCAUUCACCUCCCAGACCAAGGAACAAUUGACGACCAAGGCUUCUCAAUUUGGUAGUAAAUGUGUGCUUGAUGAAGACUUCUACAAGAAGAUUCUCAAGACAGCGGUCAUGGAAAACAUCUUGCAUUUCGCCCAGCAGAAGGCCGAUCAGAUGCUCAAAAAGACGGACGGUGGCCGGCGCUCCCGCAUGAACAACCCCAAGUUGACGGAUGCCAACAAGGCUGGAACCAAGGACGGCCAUCACUGCACCCUGAUCCUGACAGAAGGUGACUCGGCCAAGGGUCUGGCCAUGGCUGGUCGAGCGGUUGUUGGUCCGGAUCUUUUUGGUGUUUUCCCGCUUCGAGGAAAAUUGCUCAACGUCCGUGAUGCUUCUUUCGACCAGAUCUCGAAGAACCAGGAAAUCCAGAAUAUCAAGAACUUCUUGGGUCUGCAGCACAAGAAGGAGUAUACUGACACCCGCGGCCUUCGGUACGGUCAUUUGAUGAUCAUGACUGAUCAGGAUCACGACGGUAGUCACAUCAAGGGCCUGCUCAUCAACUUCCUACAGGCCCAGUUUCCUAGUUUGCUGAAGAUUCCCGAAUUCUUGAUUGAAUUCAUCACUCCCAUUGUCAAGGUGUGGAAGGGUGAUCCCAAAAAUCCUACCAAGCAGCGUUCUUUCUUCACUAUGCCCGAGUACGAGGCAUGGGCGGAGGAGCACAAACAUGAGCGUGGCUGGGAUCACAAGUACUACAAGGGUUUGGGUACCAGUACUACUGAAGAUGCCCAGGUCUACUUCCGCGACUUGGACCGUCACUUGAAGGAGUUCCACACCAUGCAGGAUAACGAGGCGGAGUUGAUCGAGCUGGCUUUCUCGAAGAAGAAGGCUGAUGAGCGUAAGGAGUGGCUGCGGCAGUUCAAGCCCGGAACCUUCUUGGAUCAUUCCGUUGAGAAGAUUUCCUACACCGACUUUAUUAACAAGGAGCUUAUCCUGUUCAGUAUGGCGGACAAUGUUCGUUCGAUUCCCUCUGUUGUUGACGGUCUGAAGCCUGGUCAGCGUAAGGUUCUGUACACCUGUUUCCGUCGCAAUUUGAAAAAGGAUAUGAAGGUCGUCGAGUUGGCUGGUCACGUCUCGGGUAUGACCGCGUACCAGCACGGUGAUGUUUCCUUGCAGCAAACCAUUGUUGGCCUGGCGCAGACCUUUGUUGGAUCUAACAACAUCAACUGCCUGGAACCUAGCGGUAACUUUGGUAGUCGUCUUCAGGGUGGUUCCGACUGCGCUAGUGCACGUUAUAUUUACACGCGGCUGUCCCCGUUCGCGCGCCGCGUCUUCCAUGCGUCGGAUGAGCCUCUGCUGACCUACAACAUCGACGAUGGCAAGACUAUCGAGCCUGAGAUUUACAUGCCGGUGGUUCCCAUGAUUUUGAUCAACGGUGCGGACGGUAUUGGUACCGGUUGGAGUUCCUCUAUUCCCAACUACAACCCGGAGGACGUCGUGGACAACCUGAAGCGGCUGAUGGAUGGCGAAGAGAUCAAGCCUAUGCAGCCCUGGUUCCGUGGAUUCACCGGUGAAGUCACUUCUAUUGGCGGUGAUCGCUACAAGUUCAGCGGUAUCAUCAAGGAGACCGGAGAGAAGGAAGUGGAGAUCACCGAAUUGCCCAUCCGAACUUGGACUCAGGAUUUUAAGGAUAAGCUUGAAGAUAUCAUCAAGGCGGAAAAGACACCGUCGUUCAUCAAGGACUACAAGGAUUACAACACGCACACCAAGGUUCACUUUGUGAUCCAGAUGGAUGAGAAGCAUCUGAAGUCUGCCGUCGAAGAAGGCUUGGAAGACAAGUUCAAGCUGACCAAGACCAUCGCCACCACGAACUUGGUCGCUUUUGACCCCGAGGGUCGGAUCACCAAGUAUGCGACCGUGGACGACAUCCUGAAGGAGUUCUUCGCAGUCCGUCUGAAGUUCUACGAGCGCCGCAAGCAAUAUCAACUCAACGAAAUGCAAAAGGAGCUGGAGAAGCUCAGCAACCAGGCGCGCUUUGUGCAGAUGAUCAUCGACGGCGAGCUGGUCGUUUCGAAGAAGAAGAAGAGCGUGCUCGUCGUGGAGCUGAAGGAGAAGGGCUUCAAGCCAUUCCCCAAGGUGGCGGAUGCUGCCAAGGCAGGGGAAGCUGAGCCAGCUGCUGAAGAUGAGGAAGACUCCGAAGAUGUCGAUGAUACCAACAACCUCUCCAACGCGUAUGACUACCUGCUAGGUAUGGCGAUCUGGUCGUUGACCCAGGAGCGUGUGGAGCGCCUGCGUCGCCAGAUUGGUGAUAAGGAGAUGGAAAUCGACACCUUGAUCAAGCUUUCCAAGGAAGAUAUCUGGAAGCGGGAUCUGGAAGACUUCAUCAACGAAUGGCGCUUCCAGCUCGACGAUGAAGCUCGUCGCAUGCGUAAGGUGGCAAACAUGGGCCGUCGUACCUCCUCCAAGCUGAUGACAGCUGUGGGCCGUGGCGGUGCCCGCAAGCGUAAGGCUGCAAAGGAUGAUGACUCGGAUGAUGAAGACUUUGCCGCGCCAAAGAGCAAGCGCGGUCCCAAGAAGGCGGAGCCUAAGGGCACGCUCCACAGUUUCUUGAACAAGACUUCUCCUAAGCCCAAGCCUGCAGCGGAUGAUGAUGAUGACGAUGAUUUUGAGAUGGAGGUGAUGCCGAAGAAGAACCGCGGGGCCAGCAAGCCGGCAGCGCCAGCGAAGGAAGAAGAGAAAGAGACAGGCGACUCCGAUAUAGAAGUCCUGCCGAAGAAAAGUCGGGCUGCACCUAAGGCUGCCUCGAAAGUAAAGGCUGAAGAUACCGAUACCUCUGAGGUGAAAAAGGCACCAACCAAACGGGGCCGACCGGCGGCCAAAGCCAAGGCCAAGCCAGCAGAGGACGAGAUCGAGCUGGACGACGAUGAGUUCAUGGAAAUCACCAAAGCGCAAGCUGCCGAGACUACCAAGGCUGAUCCAGCGCCCAGCCGAGCGCGCAAACCGGCCAAGUACACCUUGGAUGACUCGGACAGCGAUAACGGGGACGACCUCCUGGGCGACGUGAGCAAGAUGGUCAAGGGGAUCGGCGGUACUACCGGCGGAUCGACAUCGGAUUCCCGUCAGCUGUUCUCGGAGCGCUCUGGGGCCGGCAGCACCUCGGGAUUGGCCAGCAGCUCCAAGGCCUCAAAGCAGUCUCCCGAUUUUGACGCCGACGAGACUGACUACAGCAAGCUAGUGCCACAGAGCUCUCCGCGCCGGUCGCUGCAGGUCAAGUCCAAGGAGACCAAGACGUUAGUUGACAGCGACGAGGAGGAGGAGGAGGAGCCAGUGAAGCCGGCCGCUACCAAGGCCAAGCCGGCGGCCCGAGGCAAGGCAGCGGCAGCAGCCAAACCGGCCGCGAAGCCACGAGGCCGACCCAAGAAGGAUGCCACCACCACUACGGCCGCAUCUGCUAAGCAGACGGCGCUGUCGCCAGCAGCCAAGGCUUACGCUUCCAAGCAAGCCAAGACGACCACCAAGAAGAAGCAGCUGGCGGAUGACUUGUCGGACGACGACAUUGAUGCAAUGGCUAAUGAUAUCUUGGAUUCUCCCGCGGCGCCUACUACCCGGCCAUCGCGGCGCACGGCAACGGCCAAGAAGAAGACGUACGUGAUUGAUGAUGACAGUGAUGACUUUGGAGCCGGAGGAGAUUCGGGGGAUGAUUUCGCAGAGGACAGCGAGUAGAAGAAGGAAGAUGUGGCGAGAAGAGUACAUACACUUGGACGUAAACUAAUUUCUAUCGAAUCGUUUUGUACCUACUACUACUACUACUACUACUACUACUACUACUACUACUACUACUACUACUACUAUUAUUCGUUUGCUACUGUUUCA